AUGAUGAAUCCAAGACCUGGCAAUCCACCUGAUGCAAAGCCUCCACAAGGAACUCCCUAUGUUGGAAGUAAAAUUAGUUUGAUUUCCAAAAGUGAUAUUCGUUAUGAGGGUAUUCUUUUUAAUGUGGAUACGGUUUCUAGUACUGUAGCUUUGAGAGAUGUCAAAAUGUUUGGUACUGAAGGAAGAAAGCAAGGAGAACAAAUUCCUCCUCUCGACAAGAUCUAUCCCUUCAUCAUCUUCAAGGGAACUGAUAUCAAGGAUCUCACUGUUUGUGAACCUCCUUCUCAACCACCUCAGCAACAACCACAACAACCCAUGAUGCCUUCAUCAUCAAGAUUACCGCAAAAUGAAGUUGGUGGAAUGCCUUACCCUCCAACACUCCCAAUGGGCGGAAAUAAUCCUCCUGGUUUUCCAAGUCCUGGAAUGAUGCCACCAAACAUGAAUCCUUACAUGAAUCCAUACUUUUAUCCUCCUUAUGGUGGACCAAUGGGCUUCAAUCCAAUGGGAAUGCCAAAUCCAAUGGUAAACAUUCCUCCCAAAAAUGUUCCACCACCGCAACAACAACAAACCCAGAUUCCACCAACCCAACCCAUUCAACAACAACAACAACAACCACCAAAACAACAACCAUCAUCAGUGCCUUCAACCACCUCUCCUCAACCACAAGAGCAGGUUUCACAACAAUUAAAAUCUAGUGAGGUUGUUUCUCCUGUUGCUGCUGUGGCAACAACUCCUGCUGUUUCAACAAACAUUCAAGAAGAUGUUAAGUCAGCAACAACAGCACCAACUACUACUACCACAACAACAACCACUGCAGCAACAACUAGCACUUCCGAAAAGCCAACAUGUGCUUCCAAAAAGGACAAAAAAACAUUCGAAGAGGAGUUUGACAUUCAAGCCAAUCUUCAAAAGCUUGACAAGACUGUUAUUGCUAAAGAGUUAGAGGAAAAGCAUAUUCACAAAGGAUACGACAAAUCAAGCGGCUUUUUUGAUACUAUUAGUCGUGAAAGUGAUGAAAAGAAAAAUAGAAGAACCAGACAAGAAAGACAAGAACAACAAAGACUUGAUUUGGAAACAUUCGGAGAGACCAUGUCGAACGGAACCGGAAGAAGCACUCGUGGAGGCAGCAGAGGAGGUGGAAGAGGUCGUGGAGGCAGAGGAAGCUCUUCAUAUCGAGGUGGAAGAGGAUCUAGUACCAGAGGAAGCAGCAGAGGUGGAAGAGGAUCUUCAAGAGCUGAAUCCAAUGAAUAA